GAGAGAGACAGAGAUUAAGCUUAGCAUGACUCUAAUACAGUUGCUGAGUCAGUUUGAUGUUACGUUUGCUUGGAGCGCAGCUUAGAGCGCUACUCAACACAUGCGAGAGCGACAGUUGAGCGCGAACGACGCAGCCGACAAGUUCGUAGUCUGAGUCGGGUCAUGUCACUAUUGCUGUUCUUGAUAACAGCGCUGUUCUGUUGCUGCUGUGUUGGCUAUCAUAGCUUAGAGGUGGGCGAUCCAUGCGCAACUGAUGGCUACCGCAGCAGCUGUCAGCCAGCAGAGAAUUGCGAUUCGCUGCCUCAGUUUAUCAAAAGUGGUCGACUGCAGCCAGAGGCUGUGGUGAAUUGUGGCUUUACGACGCGUGGUGAGAAAAUUUGUUGUCCAGUGGAGCAAGCAGCUGUAAUACCCACAUCAAUACCACCAAUAACAAUAACAACAACAACAACAACAACUGAGAACCAACAUUGGUUAAGCAUAUUUUCUACAGAUCGCGAAUAUUUGGCGCGCUCUGUGGCACAGACCAUUCGUCCAAAUCGCGAUAGCAUUGUGUUUCCACAGAGCGACAAUUAUAGCGGUGCCUCCUGCCAUACGCCGCUGUACGAAGGCAAAUGCUUGCCGCUUUCUAAAUGUGACAGCGUUGGAACACUGUUGCGUCAGCGUCGACUGCAGGAUGAAGAUAUACAAACAUGUCGCGGUGGCACUACUGAAGAGAUCAUAUGUUGUCCAACCAAUUUGCCAUUGCAACCACGGAGUGAGUGGAAUAAUCCAGUGCAGUUGAAAACUUCCACACGCGUUGGUCUGCCGCUGCCCCAAAGGACGACAACAGCGCCGACAACAACGGCGCUCACAGAUGAGCAGCUGUUGGCGGUAGCUCAACUGCUCCUACCCAACUACACGCAUUUGGCGGGCUUGGCAUAUCUGAAUGCUGCAGCCGAUGGUCAUGUGCAUCGCUGUACAGCGUUGGUGCUAAUGCCGCAGCUGCUUUUAAGCGCUGCCGCUUGUGGUCGUCCAAGUCAUGCAAUCUUUGGUGUGGCGGAUCUACUGGACGCGGAUGUGGAGGAGGAUUACCUAGUCGAAGUGACUCAAGUGUUGCUCUACCGUCAAGACUUGGCGCUGCUACGACUACAAAAGCCGCUGCUCCUGGGGCCAGAGAGUACUGCGCAAGUGAGCGUAGCGUCGUUUUGUUCACAGUUCGAAGUGACGCGAUUGCAAGUGAGUGGACAAAUUGUAGCCAGCGCAUGGGCCUUAGGCAAUGGCAGCGACUGUGCUCUGUAUGAGCUGCCCAUGCGAUUGCUGCCGCAAAGUGCUUGCCAGGAGCUGCCAAAUCUGGGGGGCGUGCAAGAUUUACCCGCCAAGCAUAUCUGCUUAACGCCUAGGGACCCAAAUGCGCUGCUUGCCAGCAAUUCCAGCAGCGCUUGCGCCCCUUGCCCUGCUGUUGUUGGCAGCGUAUUGCAUUUGUUGCGCCCUAAUGGCAGUCGGUGUGUGAUGGGCGUGGCUACGCCCACGGGCGCAAAGUGCAGCGAUGAAGUUAUGUACUUUACAACUGUGUUGGACUCACAGCUUGUUGAGUUUGUGGAGCAUCACAAGAAGUCUUUGGUAAGCUAAGCUAGUCUAAAUUUUGUGGCUAUAUUGCUGCAUCUUGUUGAAUAUGCUUGCAAAUGUGAUUAUAAUUUAAUUAAUUGAUAUGUAAAUAUAAUUAAACGUA